AUGUCUGAAAUAUUGGACAGCACAAGUUUGACAGUGGAUAUCGAACGAAAAAUUGAUCAAAUUCUGAAAACUGAUCUUCCACUAUCCAGAGUAAAGAAAAUUGCAAAGUUGGAUCCUGAGGUCAGUAUGAUGAAUAACGAUGCUGCCCGGCUUGUAGCUAAAUCCACAGAACUGUUUUUAGUAGAGCUUGCUAAAGCAUGUUAUACCCAUGCAAGUGGAGACAAGAGGAAAACAGUUCAGAAGAAAGAUCUAGACCGUGUUAUAAAAACAGAUUGGAUGUUUGAAUUUCUUGAAGAUGCGCUAGACGGAUGGCCAGAGCCUGGCCGUUCUAAAAUCUUUGGUGAGAACGCUGAAACGUUGGAGGAGACAGAAGAGCUUGAUGACACAGUAAAUGGUGAGACUGCGGAAACAGCUAAUGAUGAUAGUAUGGAAGAUAUGGAAACUAUGCCAAUUAACCCCCACGUGAGUGAAGUUGAAAGUAAUGCAGAAACUGCAGAGGAAAGUGAGAACGAAGACAUCGUGGAAGAAACGCCUGACCUAUUCGAGUAA